GGCGCCGCUGGCAGCGCGGCCUGUCGCUCGCUGCCUGCCCGGGCGCGGACGGGCCCGCCAUGGCGGCGUGAGGCGGCGGCGCCGCGCCGAGAGCCUGCUCGCCAGAGGCUGUUCUGGAGCACCUGGGAUUGCUGCUGCCACGAGGCCCCAACCAGUCAACCACCAUGUACUGCCUUCAGUGGCUGCUCCCCGUCCUGCUCAUACCCAAGCCCCUCAACCCAGCCUUGUGGUUCAGUCACUCGAUGUUCAUGGGCUUCUACCUGCUCAGCUUCCUCCUGGAACGGAAACCUUGCACAAUCUGUGCCUUGGUCUUCCUGGCAGCUCUGUUCCUCAUCUGCUACAGCUGCUGGGGGAACUGCUUCUUGUAUCACUGCACAGGAUCCCAGUUGCCAGAGUCAGCUCACGACCCCAGCAUAGUGGGCACCUAGAGAACAUUAAUCUUCCAAUCUGCUGAGGGCUCUUGGUUUGCUUUUAAGAAGAGGGUGGGCUAGGGAGGAGGGGGGUGUUAGGCAUGUGACUGGAGUCAAACCAGCCUGUUUCCUCUGUGUGGACAAGAGUGGUAAAUUCUUCCCACUCUGCCUGCGAAAUCCGACUUGUUUACUUUUACAACUCUGGCAGCAGCACCUGCUUUUUUGGAAGCAGAAAUCUGGGGGUUUUUCUUCCUUCCCAUAUCACUGGGAAGGGACACCAGCCCACCUAACAGAACUGGUGGAGGACAGAGCUACUAGCCCAAGCUGGAGCUGUAUGUCACCCCUUUGUUUGCACCAGGCCAUGGUGGUCUAACUCAGGGCUCUCAGCCCGCUGAUUCUGCUCGAGCAGCUACCAGAUUCUCUCCAUCUUUCUCUUGGGGGGAGCCAGCCUUCGCAUCUUGCUGAUCAAGGGCAAGCUCGACAACUCAAAGCUACACUUGGCCAAAAGCUGCUGGAGCCAGAGGCAGUUGAGUCAUCUCCUCCUGCUCAGCCAGCCAAAGAGAUGUGUGCACUGCCCAAGUGCUUUCUGAACUCCUGCUCCAAGCUCAUAGCCUGAAAGCCACAGUUAUGCUGCUGCUUUUAUAAAGCUUCACAGGUAGUGGAGACUGGCUCUUCCUCUUUAGAUUUUCAGAGUUUACCCAGGUAUUGACUGUUGGGAUAAAGAACCAGCAUGCUGCAAGGUGUGGGGCUUUGGAAGCCACGGAGCCUCAACACCAGCCCACACAGCCAGGGCAGAGAGGAUCCCAAGGUGGAGGCACAGCUUGGAGCAGUAAAUGCUUUGGCCACUUUCAGUGAUAGUGUUUCGUGCCAGGAGGUGCUGGUGCUACUGACUGGAGAAGGGAGGAGGCUGGGGGAGUGCCUGGCACCUGCAUCUCCCUGACAGAAGGAUGCCAGGGGGCUAUGGGGAUGUGGGGAGUCUGCCCUGCCCACUGGAGCUGUGCAGAACGCCACACUGCACACAGCACUGGGCAGCCCUGGCUCCUGGGGAGCCCAGCCUGGGGCAGAGGCUGCUUUGUGAGGAACCUCAGAGGUUAGCACAAAACACUCUCUCAACUUGAAAGGGUUCCCUCCCAUUUGCCAUCUGUUUGUCUUUACUUCAGUCUUGUAGUAGGAGAGCAGCAGAAGUGGCUAUUGCUGUCCUGAGGAAGUCCAAGCUAUGAGGUUGUGAAACAUCCAGAGCAUUGUUUGUUCAUUGCACAGCUGUUCAAAAUGUUUAAUAAAGCUUUAUAAACUUUG